AUGGGUGGUGCAGUGGUGGACUUGGGGCCCCCAGGGGUCAAGGCUCCGGAUGGCGGCUGGGGCUGGGCAGUGUUGAUUGGCUGCUUCAUAAUCACAGGCUUCUCCUACGCCUUCCCCAAAGCGGUCAGUGUUUUCUUCAAGGAGCUGAUCCACGAGUUUGGAGUGGGCUACAGUGACAUGGCUUGGAUCUCCUCCAUCCUGCUGGCCAUGUUGUACGGCACAGGCCCCCUGUGUAGUGUGCUGGUCAACAAAUAUGGCUGCCGGCCCGUGAUGAUGGUGGGUGGGCUCCUGGCUUCUUUGGGAAUGAUUCUGGCUUCAUUCGCCACCAGUGUCAUUCACAUCUAUGUUUGCACAGGGAUGAUAACAGGACUGGGUCUAGCUCUGAACUUCCAGCCCUCUCUCAUAAUGCUCAACAUCUACUUUAAUGAAAAACGUCCUUUGGCAAAUGGGCUAGCAGCAGCAGGCAGCCCAGUGGCGCUGUGCUGUCUGUCUCCUCUGGGACAGUUCUUCCAGCACCAGUAUGGCUGGAGGGGGGGCUUCCUCAUCCUGGGGGGACUGCUGCUCAACUGCUGUGCCUGCGGAGCCCUCAUGAGGCCCCUACUGCCCCCAAAGAAGAGCAUGGAGCUGGAAACAGAGAAGGUCCAAACUAAAAGAAAACUGUUGGACUUCAGCGUAUUUAAAGACAGAGGAUUCAUAAUCUACACUGUAGCAGCCUCCACCAUGGUGCUGGGUCUGUUUGUGCCACCAGUCUUUGUCGUAAACUAUGCUAAAAGUCUGAACUACGAAGACACCAAGUCGGCUCUGCUGCUGACCAUCCUGGGCCUGGUGGACAUGUUUGCUCGGCCCAUCUGUGGGCUUGUCGCAGGCAUGAAGUCUGUGCGACCACGCUGUGUCUACCUCUUCAGCUUUGCCAUGAUCUUCAACGGGUGCACUGACCUCAUAUGCUCUCAGGCCAACACAUACACUGGCCUGGUGCUGUUCUGUGUCUUCUUUGGUGUCUCUUAUGGCAUGGUGGGAGCUCUGCAAUUUGAGGUUCUUAUGGCUCUGGUCGGGACAGAGAAGUUCUCUAGUGCCAUUGGGCUGGUGCUGCUCAUGGAGGCCAUGGCGGUGCUGGUCGGACCACCUGGUGCAGGUCGUCUGUUGGAUGCUACUCACCAGUAUAUGCAUGCCUUUCUGCUGGCUGGAGCUGAGGUCACACUCUCUGCCUUACUCCUGGCUCUGGGAAACUUCCUCUGCAUCAAAACCAAACGUACAGCUCCUUCAGCAUCUACUGAGAUGAGUGUAAAAGCUGUAGCGAAGGACACACUGCAUUAUGAUGAGGUAUUGACAGAGGAUGAGAAAGGGGAUCUGCGAGGUGACAAAGAGAUGGAGAAGGUUGUUGAAGACAUGGAGAAAGUGGAAGCAACACCUGCUGUCCCUGUUCACACAGAUACUGAUGUAACACAGUCAUAG